UAUUAAAGAGUUAUUAGGUUAUUAAAUUAUUGCAUCUGAGCUCCUCGUGGCUCUCCUCUUCUUUUUCAAGUGUUCUGAAAACACCUCGGCUGAACAGGUGUGCGUUUCCUCCAGAGGAGCCAUUGGAGUCAACAUGGGCCAGCAUCCAUGUAGAAAGGCUUUUACAGACAAGUUGACUAACAAAUAGCAGAAACAUAUCUAAAUCAGGAAAAACUAUGUCUGCACCCCUCUGUUAAAAAUCGUUAAGCCGUCUCCGACUGUAGGCUACGGGUCCUUUUUUAUAUUAGCGGCGUAGGUCUCAGAUUUUCACUUUAUCACAUAGGCUAUAGUCGGACAGUUACUGAUGGGUUAUUAGCAAUUGUGUGGUCGGGUCCGGGUGAACAAACAGCUGACCUGCGCACCACUACAAGGUAGUGUGUCUAUAUAACCUCUCCCCCAUCAGGACUGACUGAACUGAAUCCGUUCAUCUCCACUCGACUCUCGCAGCGCGACAAAACGUCUUCAAUUUGGACACCAGGCGUGUCCGUAUAGCCUCUUCCGGGAGAUCCUCCUCUUCCUGAUGACGUCGCGGAGCUACCGUUCUGGGAGGCGAGGGUUUGUCGAAGAAACGCGAGGAGGUUGUCAACAACACGGGUUUCUACACUGCCCCAGCUAAUUUACAGAGAACAACAUGUCAGAUACAGACACGAAACCUUCAAGUCAGGGUGGAGGAGACCAGAAGGAUGGAGAGUACAUCAAACUGAAAGUGAUCGGUCAGGACAACAGUGAAAUUCACUUCAAAGUGAAAAUGACCACCCAUCUGAAGAAGCUGAAGGAAUCUUAUAGCCAGAGACAGGGUGUUCAUAUGAGUACCUUACGGUUUCUAUUUGAGGGACAAAGAAUCUCAGACAACCACACUCCAAAAGAGCUGGGGAUGGAAGACCAGGACGUCAUCGAGGUCUAUCAGGAACAGACUGGAGGACUUCGGAAUAAUUAGUCUACCUGGAUUUAAUUUUUUAAUGAUAAUAUUGUAUUUUAUAUUUGUACAAUUACUGAGUGAUUUGUUUUGGCUUUGUGUUCCUCUCAGUGGUAGAGAUCUCUGCCAGAGAGGAGAAGAAUAACUCUGAUACAUCUCCUGUUCUCUUAUCGUCACCUGGUCCCUGGUCUGUUGUGUGCUGUUUUGCCAACUUGCGUGACAAAAAGUUGGCACAAACAGACUGGCACUUGGGCUGUAUCUGUUGUGUGCUGUUUUGAAAACUCUCAUGAAGGCGUGACGAUGACUGUAGAAGUUGGCAAAGACAGCACAAACAGGGUCUGAAUGUAUUUCAGAGUAGGAGUGCUGAUCGGGGAUCAGUUUUGCCUUUAAGUUUUU